UCUUCUCCCUCUGCCGAAGAAGCAGCCGCCCGCGCGCCCGCAGCCAUGUACACGGCGGGGGGAGCGGCCCCCGUCGCCGCCGCGGGGCCCGUACUUGCAACUCCCCCACCACUGCCACCUCCAAUACAGGCAUAUGCAUUUAAGCCUCCUCCUCGACCUGAUUUUGGAACUUCAGGGAGAACAAUCAAACUACAAGCCAAUUUUUUUGAAAUGGACAUUCCCAAAAUAGACAUCUACCAUUAUGAAUUGGAUAUAAAGCCAGAGAAGUGCCCUAGAAGAGUUAACAGAGAAAUAGUUGAACAUAUGGUCCAGCACUUUAAAGCACAGAUUUUUGGGGAUCGCAAACCAGUGUUUGAUGGAAGAAAAAACCUCUACACAGCUAUGCCACUUCCAAUAGGGAGGGACAAAGUGGAAUUGGAGGUCACCUUGCCAGGGGAAGGGAAGGACAGAAUAUUCAAAGUGGCAAUAAAGUGGAUGUCCUGUGUGAGUCUGCAGGCUUUACAUGAUGCUCUUUCUGGUCGUCUUCCAAGUGUUCCUUUUGAAACAAUUCAGGCACUGGAUGUAGUAAUGAGGCACCUGCCUUCCAUGAGGUAUACUCCUGUGGGCCGGUCCUUUUUUACUGCCUCCGAAGGGUGUUCAAAUCCAUUGGGUGGGGGCAGAGAAGUAUGGUUUGGAUUCCACCAGUCAGUCAGGCCUUCACUGUGGAAAAUGAUGCUUAACAUCGACGUAUCUGCAACAGCAUUUUAUAAGGCACAGCCAGUAAUCGAGUUUGUAUGUGAAGUUCUGGAUUUCAAAAGUAUUGAAGAACAACAGAAACCUCUGACGGAUUCCCAAAGGGUUAAGUUUACCAAAGAAAUUAAAGGUUUGAAGGUGGAGAUCACUCAUUGUGGGCAAAUGAAGAGAAAAUACAGAGUAUGCAACGUUACACGACGACCAGCAAGUCACCAAACAUUCCCACUUCAGCAGGAGAGUGGACAGACAGUUGAAUGCACUGUAGCUCAAUAUUUUAAGGAUCGGCACAAGUUGGUUUUGCGCUACCCUCAUCUUCCAUGUUUACAAGUUGGACAGGAGCAGAAACACACAUACCUUCCUCUGGAGGUAUGCAACAUAGUGGCAGGACAGAGGUGUAUAAAGAAGCUGACAGACAAUCAAACUUCUACUAUGAUAAGGGCAACUGCCCGAUCAGCACCUGACCGUCAAGAAGAGAUUAGCAAACUGAUGCGAAGUGCAAGUUUCAAUACUGACCCUUUUGUUCGUGAAUUUGGAAUAAUGGUCAAAGAUGAAAUGACUGACGUGACAGGUCGGGUCUUACAGCCUCCUUCAAUCCUCUAUGGAGGCAGGAACAAAGCAAUAGCUACACCGGUUCAAGGGGUUUGGGACAUGCGAAACAAACAGUUUCACACUGGAAUUGAAAUAAAGGUCUGGGCAAUCGCUUGCUUCGCUCCACAGCGCCAGUGCACUGAAGUCCAUCUCAAGUCCUUCACGGAACAACUGAGGAAGAUAUCAAGAGAUGCAGGAAUGCCCAUCCAGGGUCAGCCUUGCUUCUGUAAAUAUGCCCAGGGAGCAGACAGUGUGGAGCCAAUGUUCAGACACCUGAAGAACACCUAUGCUGGGUUGCAGCUUGUGGUAGUCAUUCUGCCUGGAAAAACUCCAGUUUAUGCGGAGGUAAAGCGUGUAGGCGACACAGUGUUGGGCAUGGCCACGCAGUGUGUGCAGAUGAAGAAUGUACAAAGGACAACACCGCAGACACUUUCCAAUCUUUGCUUAAAGAUCAACGUUAAAUUGGGAGGUGUAAAUAACAUUUUGUUACCCCAGGGAAGGCCUCCGGUAUUUCAGCAGCCUGUAAUUUUCCUGGGGGCAGAUGUCACUCACCCACCAGCUGGAGAUGGAAAAAAGCCUUCCAUUGCUGCUGUUGUAGGCAGCAUGGACGCCCACCCCAAUCGAUACUGUGCCACUGUGAGAGUCCAGCAGCACCGCCAAGAAAUCAUCCAAGACUUGGCAGCCAUGGUCAGGGAGCUGCUGAUUCAGUUCUAUAAAUCCACCCGGUUCAAACCGACUCGGAUCAUUUUCUACAGAGAUGGUGUUUCUGAGGGGCAGUUCCAGCAGGUUCUUCACCAUGAAUUACUGGCUAUCAGAGAAGCAUGCAUUAAGCUAGAAAAGGACUACCAGCCUGGGAUUACUUUCAUUGUUGUGCAGAAAAGGCAUCACACCAGACUGUUCUGCACAGAUAAAAAUGAAAGGGUUGGGAAAAGUGGAAACAUUCCUGCAGGUACUACAGUGGACACAAAAAUUACCCAUCCUUCAGAAUUUGACUUCUACCUGUGCAGUCAUGCUGGUAUUCAGGGAACAAGCAGACCUUCUCAUUACCACGUUCUCUGGGAUGACAAUCGUUUCUCUUCAGAUGAGCUACAAAUACUCACCUACCAAUUGUGUCAUACGUAUGUACGCUGUACUCGUUCUGUUUCAAUUCCUGCACCAGCAUACUAUGCGCACCUGGUUGCCUUUAGAGCCAGGUACCAUCUGGUGGAUAAAGAACACGAUAGUGCCGAAGGGAGCCACACUUCUGGUCAGAGCAAUGGCAGAGAUCAUCAAGCACUUGCGAAAGCUGUUCAGGUUCAUCAGGAUACAUUACGCACCAUGUACUUUGCUUGACAUGUUGCAGUGAUCUAAGUAACUCGGUUCAGAGUUGGAUUCACAGGAGACCAGCUGCACUUAGACCAACAGUUGCCCAAGCUACAGCGACAGCCAGCAAUGAGUGAUGCAUCUGUGUUUUAUUAGGUUCUUAAUUCCCCCCCUCCCCAUUUGCAAGGAAAGCCUUCCGUCCAGAAAUUUCAGACUCAGUUGAAACUGCAGACCUGUACAAAAUCCCACAGCUAUCAGAAGUGCGGAUUUGCCAAAAUCAAAAGCUGCUUAUCAGAGAAAAGGAAAAAAAAAUCAAAACCCACGGUAACUAAAUUAAGAGCUGUGAUCUCAGGGUGAAGACAAAACUUUUCAUUUAGUUAUGCUGUUCUCAGUAUAUACUUGUUCAUUACUAAUUUGGGAAUACCCAGCCAAGAUCAGGAUUAAUGAGCUGGGGAAAGUUUUAUGAAUUUGCUUUUAUGCCUGAAAAGAGGAGAAAGCGCUAAUUUGGGUGUCAUUGAAAGCCUUGAUUGUUCUGGAUGCAUUCACAAAUGUUUUUUAUCAUCAAAAUGCAAAAAGAGGAAAAAACCUGGUUUGUCCUUAAGUGGUCUUUUUGAUGAACAGUCUGUAUGUGGGUCUAAGGGCAAAAGUAUUUUCUGAAGUCUGUUCUUGAAUGUUUUUAAUUGUGUUCAUCAUUUUUCGUAGAAUUACUUAUGAAAUUAUUUCAGGAAGAAAAAGGAAAUCUAUCCAUUGAAAGAUUAGCAAAG